GAUGCAGUCAGAAGAACUUCAAAGCAUAGUAGAAGAAUAUACAUUUAUCAUACAGGAGCUUAAGAUCCAGAAGACUGAUUUGCAAGAGCAACUGCUACAGACAAGUGAAGACAUGGCUAUAAGCUCACAGGACUCUGUGAAUAAACUUACCAGCGAUCGUUCAGUGCAGUCUGUGGUAGAGGAGAUUGCAGAGUUGCAUGAGGAUAAUGAUAACUCUGAGCUCUUACCUCCUCUGUGCGGUAUACUGCAAACCGCCAACUCGCACGUGGUUCCCCUAAUCAUGGAUGCUGAAAUGACUUUGGAUGAUGACAUUUGGUUUGAAACAGAGUUAACGCUUGUUCGAAUAAAAUGUGAAACUGACGGGUUACUUAAUCUUCUCCAAGAAGUUGCUCCACCAGACUCACCUGAAUUCUUGGAGGAAUGUCACGAUGCCUUGCAACAGACAUACAGCUGCUUAACUCAACUGAAGUGUGCGUGGGAACAGCUCUCAAGCAAGUUAUAUGGAACAGUGAACAUGCAGAGAGAGAGAGAAAAGUUCUUACAUAAGUAUCAUUUGUCAUCUUUAUAUGCUUGGUUCACCAAAAUUCAAAAAUGCCGUAUUGGUCAGGUUUGGAUUCAGAGCAGGUCAUGGAGGAAGAUGAUGGUUAUCCUCCUGAUGGGCUCAUGCCUCUUUCAGCCAGUACAACAAAGAGACAGCAUCUGGACACUUGUGCAAGGACUCCUAUCGGACCAUGUACAGCUGCAGUAUUUGGAACCACCACUUUUUUAAUGCCACACUUGUCAUGCAGAAAGAAAGAUGAAAACCUGCUCAUUUGGUUGUGUGAUAAAGGUCUGAAGUACAGCAAAGUACAGUGUUUUGUUUUGUUUACCGAUAGAAUGCAAAACACUGAUUGAA